ACAGCAGAAAUGACGAAUUCCGGCGUGAUGGAAGUGCUGGAGAAGCAGCUGACGACCGAAGAGAUACUGAAGUGGAGUCCGCUGCGCUUCGCCGAAGAAACUCACGCUUGGGGAUGGGUGGAAGUUCUGCUGCAAGGAGGCUUACCUCGGAAGCACCUGGAAGUUACGAGAGCCAAGUUGAGUGACCCCGAGCACGCCGCCGGCAUCAUGGAGCAGCUGUGCGAGUGCGGGCACCUGCAGCUGCUGCAGUUCGCCCUCUCCGUGGACCCGGCCCUGGCGAACGUCACGCUGCAGGGGGGCAGCCGCAGCCCGCUGCAGGUGGCGGCGGCGCGCCGGCGCGAUGCGGCGGUGCGGCUGCUGGUGGAGGCGGGAGCCGACGUGGGCGCCAGGGACGGCCGCGGCCGCACCGCGCUGCACGCCGCCGUGGCGCACGGCGCCGUCGACGCCACGCGCAUCCUGUUGCACGCCGGCGCCGACGCCUGGGCGCGCGACGCCGACGGCAGGACGGCGCGCGAGCUGGCGCGCAGGAACGAGCAGGUGGCGACCAUGCAAGUGCUCGAGGAGCUGACCGGCGACGUGCAUUGGCCGCUGCGUCGCCUCAUCCUGGCGGCCGAGGCCUCCAACGUGCCCGCGGUGCGCCAGUUGCUGGCCGCCAGGCGCGGGCCUCCGAAGGGCAGGUGGACGCACCUGCACUGGGCGUCGCUCAAGGGCAGCGCCACGGUUGUCAGAACCCUUGUGGCCGCCGGGAUGGACCCCGACGCGCGCGACCGCCACGGCAACACCCCGCUACACGCGGCGGCGGCGCGCGGGCGGCCGGAGGUGGUGCAGGCGCUGGUGGAGGCGGGGGCCACCCUCGACGCGGCCGACGCCACCGGCUCGACGGCACUGCACUACGCCGUGCGCACCGGCAACGUGGCGGCGGCGCGGCUGCUGCUGGCCGCCGGCGCCGACACCGAGACAUUCAGAUGCAUGACUUCCAUACUCUCUAAUCAAAAGAAACAUGAAUGUGUUGCAAGUCAACAAAUAAUUUCUGACGAUAAAACAUCAGUGGAUACAGAAACUCUUCAUUGUCAGUCUAAUGAUUCUGACAGACAAGACAUUAGAGAUUUUGAGCCACCACAGUCUCAAACAAUUGACACUGAGAGGCGGUCUUGUGAGGAUACUCUGCCUGAUGUGACUAAAGCUAUGCCAAAAGGACCAUUAAGUAUAUUUAAACGGAUGCAAUCCAUACUCAGUAAUGAAAACAAAGGUGAAUGUGCAGAAAGUCACCUUAUAAUUUCUCAGACUAAGACAGUUGAGGAUACAGAGGCUCUUAGUUUAGAGUCUAAUGAUUCAGACAUACAAGAUAUAAGAGAUAUUGAGCCCCCACAAUCUCAAACAGUAGACAGUGAGAGCCGGGCUUGUGAGGAUACUCUACCUGAUGCGACUGAAGCAAUGGCAAAUGGACCAUUAAGUAUAUUUAAAUGGAUGAAAUCCAUACUCAGUAAUGAAAAGAAAGGUGAAUGUGUUGAAAGUCGUCUUAUAAUUUCUGAGACUGAGACAUUGGAGCAUAGAGAGGCUCAUAAUUUUGAGGCUGAUGAUUCUGACAAACAACAUAUAAAAGAUCUUGAGCCCCCACAAUCUCAAACAGUAGACAAUAAGAGCCGGGCUUGUGAGGAUACUCUACCGGAUGCAACUGAAGCAAUGACAAAAGGACCAUUAAGUACAUUUCAACAGAUGACAUCCAUACGCAGUAAUGAAAAGAAAGGUGAAUGUGUAGAAAGUCACCUUAUAAUUUCUCAGACUAAGACAGUUGAGGAUACAGAGGCUCUUAGUUUAGAGUCUAAUGAUUCAGACUUACAAGAUAUAAGAGAUAUUGAGCCCCCACAAUCUCAAACAGUAGACAAUGAGAGCCGGGCUUGUGAGGAUACUCUACCUGAUGCGACUGAAGCAAUGGCAAAAGGACCAUUAAGUAUAUUUAAACGGAUGAAAUCCAUAUUCAGUAAUCAAAAGAAAGGUGAAUGUGUUGAAAGUCAUCUUAUAAUCUCUGAGACUGAGACAUUGGAGAAUACAGAGGCUCAUAAUUUUGAGGCUGAUGAUUCUGACAAACAACAUAUAAAAGAUCUUGAGCCCACACAAUCUCAAACAGUAGACAAUAAGAGCCGGGCUUGUGAGGAUACUCUACCUGAUGCAACUGAAGCAAUGACAAAAGGACCAUUAAGUACAUUUCAACAGAUGACAUCCAUACUCAGUAAUGAAAAGAAAGGUGAAUGUUCAGAAAGUCACCUUAUAAUUUCUCACACUAAGACAGUUGAGGAUACAGAGGCUCAUAAUUUUGAGUCUAAUGAUUCUGACAAACAACAUAUAAAAGAUCUUGAGCCCCCACAAUCUCAAACAGUAGACAAUGAGAGCCGGGCUUGUGAGGAUACUCAACGUGAUGCAACUGAAGCAAUGGCAAAAGGUCCAUUAAGUAUAUUUAAACGGAUGAAAUCCAUAUUCAGUAAUCAAAAGAAAGGUGAAUGUGUUGAAAGUCAUCUUAUAAUCUCUGAGACUGAGACAUUGGAGAAUACAGAGGCUCAUAAUUUUGAGGCUGAUGAUUCUGACAAACAACAUAUAAAAGAUCUUGAGCCCCCACAAUCUCAAACAGUAGACAAUAAGAGCCGGGCUUGUGAGGAUACUCUACCUGAUGCAACUGAAGCAAUGACAAAAGGACCAUUAAGUACAUUUAAACAGAUGACAUCCAUACUCAGUAAUGAAAAGAAAGGUGAAUGUGCAGAAAGUCACCUUAUAAUUUCUCAGACUAAGACAGUUGAGGUUACAGAGGCUCUUAAUUUAGAGUCUAAUGAUUCAGACAUACAAGAUAUAAGAGAUAUUGAGCCUCCACAAUCUCAAACAGUAGACAAUGAGAGCCGGGCUUGUGAGGAUACUCAACGUGAUGCGACUGAAGCAAUGGCAAAAGGUCCAUUAAGUAUAUUUAAACGGAUGAAAUCCAUAUUCAGUAAUCAAAAGAAAGGUGAAUGUGUUGAAAGUCAUCUUAUAAUCUCUGAGACUGAGACAUUGGAGAAUACAGAGGCUCAUAAUUUUGAGGCUGAUGAUUCUGACAAACAACAUAUAAAAGAUCUUGAGCCCCCACAAUCUCAAAUAGUAGACAAUAAGAGCCGGGCUUGUGAGGAUACUCUACCUGAUGCAACUGAAGCAAUGACAAAAGGACCAUUAAGUACAUUUAAACCGAUGACAUCCAUACUCAGUAAUGAAAACAAAGGUGAAUGUGCAGAAAGUCACCUUAUAAUUUCUCAGACUAAGACAGUUGAGGUUACAGAGGCUCUUAAUUUAGAGUCUAAUGAUUCAGACAUACAAGAUAUAAGAGAUAUUGAGCCCCCACAAUCUCAAACAGUAGACAAUGAGAGCCGGGCUUGUGAGGAUACUCUACCUGAUGCGACUCAAGCAAUGGCAAAAGGACCAUUAAGUGAAUGA